CACCUUUUCCGGUAACACAGCACCGCCACCGCUUUGACUGAACGUCUGUAGAGAGAGGCAAGAGCGGGGAGAAUCAACCUGGGGACCGGGGGUUGCCGCAGUUGCAGGGAGAGCGAGAAGAGCUGAAAGUAGGAUGAAUCAAUGACCUUUUGCGCAUUCUAGACCUGGGGGUGAUCUUAUUUGUCUCCGGUACAAUGAACUCCCGAAUAGAACUGUUCUUUUGAAUCCGCCGAUUGGAAUAAGGGCAAGUGGACAGCCGGCAGACAAGAAGGAAGUCGGAACUACUACGGGCUUUUGAGAGGGCCUAAUUUCUUAAACGCAUCUAUUAGGCUAUAUUUUUUGUAUUUCUUUCUACAUUAUUGAAAACACCAAGGGAAGCAAUUAUUUUUUCUUCUUCUAAGGAAGUGGAUAUUUAUGCACAGCCUACAAGAUGGGGAAAAUGCUCUCGAAGAUCUUUGGCAACAAAGAGAUGAGGAUAUUGAUGCUUGGACUUGAUGCUGCUGGCAAGACCACCAUCCUCUACAAACUGAAGCUGGGCCAGUCCGUCACCACCAUUCCCACUGUCGGCUUCAACGUUGAGACUGUAACCUACAAAAACGUGAAGUUCAACGUGUGGGACGUCGGGGGCCAGGACAAGAUCCGGCCUCUGUGGAGGCACUACUACACCGGCACCCAGGGCCUCAUCUUCGUGGUGGACUGUGCCGACAGGGACCGGAUAGACGAGGCCCGCCAGGAGCUCCACCGGAUCAUCAACGACCGGGAGAUGCGGGACGCCAUCAUCCUGAUCUUCGCCAAUAAGCAGGACCUGCCCGAUGCCAUGAAGCCCCACGAGAUCCAGGAGAAGCUGGGCCUGACCCGGAUCAGAGAUAGGAAUUGGUAUGUUCAGCCUUCAUGCGCUACCACCGGUGAUGGACUAUACGAGGGUCUGACCUGGCUCACCUCGAAUUACAAAUCUUAAUGUUCAUCACUUCUAUGCUCAGCCUGGACUGUUUAGUUACAACAACAAGCAAAAAAAUAAGUGAAAUGAACAAGAGAUGGGGAAAAAAUGUACAAGCUGAGGCAAUUAAAGAAUAACAUGACUUCUCAGAUGAUUAUAUGAAAGAGAAGUUUGAUUAUACUCCCCUUUUUGUUUUUUGAUAAUGACUUCCCUAUAACCCACAUUUUCUUUAUGAACAAAAAUACUAUUGUUUUGGCUGGCUUUUCCUUCCUAUUUUUCCCCGCUUUGGCUCUGUAGUAUUCUUCGCUCACAUUCUUAUCACUCAAUACAUUACUUUCAGAAGCUCUGAAAGAUGCAGAAUCAGAAUUUUGUAUCUUGUAUGAUUUAUUUUCGGGGGAUGGCAGGGUUCAUUCAGGGUUACGGUGUUUUAUAGAUACAUUACAGUCUGCCUUCUAUUUAGUUUUCAUACAGUAUUCUCAUGACCCAGCUACCACCCAGAAGAUGGGAAAUGCCAAUGCCCUUUUGAGGACGUUACCCGUUCAUAUCUGAGCCGGAAACAAAGGGGCAGCAUCAGCAUAUCGGUUCUCAUGGUUUCAACUUCCACCAUGUUUUUUUUAAGAAUUAAGAUUGUGUAUUAUGGACAUGUAAGGAACUUAUGAAGAAGGACUGUUUUCACUGUUGAUUGAUUGUAAAAAUAAUAAUACUUGCUCAGAUGAUUGAGGAAAAUGUGUUAGUAUGUAAUUCCUUAAACAGUGAUUCCAUCCACGAUGUCUGCCAGGGAGGUUUUCUAAAAAGACACUAUAUGGAUGCUGGAAUAUAUGGAAACUGUGACAUGUUGUAUUUUUGUUCUGUUUUCGGGUCAGAAUCUUUUACCACUGAUCUCUUUUUGCCUCUAUUCUUCCAAGCGCUUCCAUUUCCAGUUGAGUAUUUGCAGUUCUCGCUGGCUUUUGCGAAGCCCUGAGUUUAUAGGUGCACCAACAUACUGACAGGGUGACGGAAAGCACCCUCAUAGCUGAGGCUGCACUAUAGGUGGGGGGGACUACCCUGUCCGUGAGGGAGACACCUCAUACUAUAGGCCCCUUGACUAAAAGUGCACAAUUGACUCCUUCUGACUGACUCUUGGACCCCAGCAAGCGUUUACUUUUCAACCCCCUCCCCACCACCACUUCCAUGGUGCUCUGCUCUCCAGUAACUGGGGCCUUCUGCGCUGCUCAUUUAAUUCAUUCACAUUAGCUGUACAGCUCAUGUCAUGCAGUCAGACAAGACUACUUUCUGUUCAGUAUAGAAAAGAAAAUGCUUUGUUUUAUUAUUUUUGUUCUGUUUGCUAUGCUGAUGAAAUAAUAAAUAUAUAUCCAGAUCAA